GCAUCGUUACUCCCUACUUCCGUUUGUCAUCUUAGUUCCCUCAUUUUAAAAAAAUAUUUUGCCUUGAUGAUCAUUUCUCAACAACUCCUCAGCCCAGGAUCCUCCGAAGUCGCUACCAGGGCAGCUCUCCUCCUGCAGCAGCUCCCCACCAAGAGGAUAAAGUUCUCCCCCACCAGGAGGAUGAAAGUCUCCAUGGCAGCCACCUCCCUCUUCGUCAUCCUCCUCACCACCUGCACCCUGGGGCGCAAGGCUGAAUUCUCCCCACGAGGACCUUACCACCCGGCCGAGUGUUGCAUCAGCUACAUUGCCCAGGCAAUUCCACGUCACCGGAUCACAGAUUAUUAUGAUACCAGCAGCCAGUGUUCGAGGCCUGGAGUUGUCUUCAUCACCAAAAAGGGUCAUUCCAUAUGUGCCAACCCCAGUGAUGACUGGGUCCAGGACUACAUCAAGGACCUGGGGAGAAAUGAGUGACCCGGAAGUAGUGGAGAAGGGUACCGCUGACCAUCCUAAAGAGAAGAUGAGAGGGCCCCCCCUCUCAGCUCCAACUCUCAGCCCCAGCCGCCUCUCAGGAGCUGCCUUGCCUUGAAUUAAAGACCUUGAAUUCAUGCC